AUGAACCAGUCCCGAUGGAUUGAAUGGAGGACUCUGAAUAUGAGCAGUAGUGUUAUGAACGUAUCUGAGCAUCUCUCCUGCCCUCUUGGAUUUGGUCACUACAAUGCAGUUGACAUCUGUAUCCUUGAGACAGUUGUUAUUGUCUUGCUAACGUUUUUAAUUAUUGCGGGUAACUUAACUGUGAUAUUUGUUUUUCACUGUGCUCCACUUCUGCAUCAUUAUACCACCAGCUAUUUUAUUCAGACCAUGGCCUAUGCUGAUCUUUUUGUUGGAGUUAGCUGCUUGGUUCCUACUUUGUCACUGCUCCACUACUCGACAGGUGUCCACGAGUCCCUGACUUGUCAAGUUUUCGGAUAUAUCAUCUCUGUGCUAAAAAGCGUAUCUAUGGCAUGUCUUGCUUGCAUCAGUGUGGAUCGCUAUCUCGCUAUAACAAAGCCUCUCUCCUAUAACCAACUGGUCACACCUUGUCGCUUGAGAAUCUGCAUCAUUUUGAUCUGGAUAUACUCUUGUCUGAUCUUCUUGCCUUCCUUUUUUGGUUGGGGAAAACCUGGUUACCAUGGAGAUAUUUUUGAAUGGUGUGCUACCUCCUGGCUAACGAAUGCCUAUUUUACUGGCUUUAUCGUGUGCUUACUAUACGCUCCUGCUGCCUUUGUCAUAUGUUUCACGUACUUCCACAUCUUUAAAAUUUGCCGGCAGCACACCAAAGAGAUAAAUGAUCGGAGAGCUCGAUUUCCUAGCCACGAAGUGGAUGCCGCUGGGGAGACUGGGCACAGCCCCGAUCGCCGCUAUGCCAUGGUUUUGUUUCGGAUAACCAGUGUGUUCUACGUGCUGUGGCUCCCCUAUAUCAUAUACUUUCUGCUGGAGAGCUCUAGGGUGUUGGAAAACCCAGCACUUUCCUUCUUAACGACAUGGCUUGCUAUAAGCAAUAGUUUCUGCAACUGUGUGAUCUAUAGCCUCUCCAACAGCGUUUUCAGGCUGGGACUGCGGAGGCUGUCAGAGACGAUAUGUUCAUCUUGUAUGUGUUUAAAAGACAGGGAUGUUCGGGACCCUAAACCGAGAAAACGGGCUAAUUCCUGCUCCAUUUAA